UUUAUCGAUACAAACGUUUGUAAAAAAUCUACGAAAACUAAUUUUUAGUAAAAAAUAAAACCAAUAAUAUUAAAAAAUGGGUAAAGGUUUUAACAAUUACAUGUGUAAAAAGUUCUUCCAUCCUGCCUCCAGGGAUAAUCUGAAAAGGGUAUGGAUGGCUGAACAGCAAGCUGAGGCCUACAAAAAGAAACAGGAAGAGCUGCGUAAUCAAUAUGAAAAGGAACAGAAUUUGCAUGAGAACAAGGCCAUGCUUAGCAAGGAGAGCAAGGACAAAUUGAGUGUUAAUUUCAUGUAUGAACCGCCGCCGGGCGUGAGAAAGGAUCGCGAAAAAGAUGACAAUGAACCGGAAUACAAAUUUGAGUGGCAGCGCAAAUAUAACGCUCCACGUGAGUCUUACUGUAAGGGUGACACGGAAAUUAGAGAUCAACCUUUUGGCAUACAAGUACGUAAUGUACGCUGUAUAAAGUGCCACAAGUGGGGCCAUAUUAACACAGACAAGGAAUGUACCAUGUACAGCAUAUCCAUGAGUGAAGCUCGUAAACUGCAUUCAGAGGCAGAGGCGGCUGACAUAAUGGAGAAAAAUGUACUGGAAGAACAAAUGAAAGGUGAUGGUCUAAUGAUGAAACGUUCAGCCAUGGAGUUGCAAAAUAGCACCAAUCAACGGCAUGCUCUGGUGCCUAGUGACCCGGAGGAUGCUGACGACCAAAUGAAUAAAGAGGGAAAUCCGGAAAAAGCAUUCUUGAAAUCCUUAAGCAAGGAACAGAAAUUAAAGCUGCUCAAGAAAUUGGAAAAAAUUGAAAAGCUUAAGAAAAGUAAAGAUGGCAAAAUUAAAAAACAUAAAAAGUCUAAGAAAAAAUCCAAGAAGCAUGAGAAUAACAGUGAUUCAGAGGAGGAUAAACGUAAAAAACAAGCUAAGAAAAAAGACAAAAAACAUAAAAAAUCACGCAGUAAAUCAGAAUCUUCGACGCCUUCAGAUGACUCUUCAUCUUCUUCAGAUGAGUCGUCGUGCACAGAAAGUACUAACAAACGAAAGAAAGAUAAAAUGCGCAAUGAUAAGAAAACUUAUGAAGCAGACAAACGCAAUAGAUCGCGUUCUAGGUCAAGAGAUCGCACAGUGAGAAGGCGUUCACGCUCACGGGAAAGGCAACGUUCUAGAUCGCAAGAAAGAAAUGGCCACAAAAAAGAUGAAAGACGUGAGAUAAGACGCAGCCGAUCUCCCCGCCGUCGGGAUCACUAUAAUAAUAAUAGGCGGUAAGUUUUGGAUUUGUUAGCCAUCAAAGGAAUAUGUUUACAGUGUAUUUUUAUUAAUAUUUUCAU